AUGGAGGGCAUCUCGGCAAGCGCCCUCUCACUCCAACGUCCUCGAAAACUGGCAAACACGCAACAAAGCCUCCUUUUGGUCCGUUUCACGGGAACUCCUACUGGACGCCGGAGCGGAAACGCUGACCGUUCCUCGGGCGCGCGAGCACGCGCAGAGGGAGGCGGCGGGCUUUGACGUUCGGAGACGUCGAUCGCGCGCGGAGGGAGGCGGCGGGCUUUGACGUUCGGAGACGUCGAUCGCGCGCUUUAGGUUUUCCUCCUGGAGGUUUUUUCCUCCGGAUCCCGGAGACGAUUUCGUCACACGGGGCACACGCAUUCGGGAGCGGCGGAUUGAUACGAGUCAUGAUUCGUCAAUCCUGGGACUCGGCUAUUCACGGUUCAUGAUUCAUGAGUCUGGGUCCAUGUUUGGGUGCCCAGCCACUGGAGCAACGCGCGACUUUUUGCUUGGGAGUCACGGGUCACAAAAAUUUUCAAAAUUACUAACGUGUAGGUACUUAAACUUAAAAAAAUUUUAAGUUUAAGUUAUUAUAGAGUUGUAGUUUCUCAUGGUUCGAAUGGCAAAAACCGGCAGAAGCCACGCCGCGCGGAUGGGCUGGGCACCCCAUACAUAUCGUUGUAAAUGUUAAUAUAUGUAUGUAUGAGGUAUAUAUAAGACACAUGAGCAACACACAUCCUCAGUCUCAGACGCAACUUUUCUGUGACGACCGACAGGUGGACCGCCACCGUCGUAUGAUAAGUGUGGCUUAACUAUGAUAUUGUAUGAUGUACCAUCGGACAUCGCGCGCAAUAUAUUGGACACAACUUUUCAUGCUUAAAGGGGAGCGGCGUGAUACACGAGGGACCAUCUUACCACGAAGAAAUGGGCACCUCUGGUACCUAAAACGUGGCACCCUCGUGCACGCGCGAGGUCGCGCGACAACUCUUGAGUCAUGAACGGGAGCGACCCAUCAAAGGCGACACGCGCACACGGAUCAUCGGCCACCCGUCUUCGCCGUGUGCUUUGCAGUACCCCGAU